AUGGCCGGUGCCAAGACUACUACCGCUACACAGGCCUCGUCGACGAACCCCGCCGCCGAGCGCAUCCGCGAAAACCAGCGCCGCUCCCGCGCCCGCCGCAAGGAGUUUGUCGAGGGCAUGCAGCGUCGCCUCGACGAGUACGAGAAGCAGGGCGUCGAGGCCACGCUGCAGAUGCAGCAGGCCGCCCGCACCGUCGCCAUCGAGAACGCGCGUCUGCGCCUGCUGCUCGCCCGCCGCGGCGUGAACAACACCGAGGUGGACAAGUUUCUCGGCAUGUUCGACGGUCGCGACGACGAGAUCCUGCAGGCUGGCAACGGACUGCAAGGCUUUCCUCCCUCCACUACCCCGGCCUACACCCACACUGCAUCGACGACGAGUACAUACCAACAUCAUGACCCACACCACAGCGAGGCCGCCGGCAUUGACCGCCUAGCCGUCCUGGCUGACGCCAGUAUCGGUGAUUCAUGCAGCAGCAGCACCUCUGCCACGACGCCGAGCGAGUCGACGGUCGCCGCGCAGAGCCCGCCCAGCGCAGGACCAAGCACCAUGCCCGGCACGCCCGUUUCAGGGCCGCACAGCCACUAUCACGGCCAUCCUCACCAGCAUCACCACCACGCCACGCCGCAGCCACCAGCCGGGUCUGGCUCGCCGCUCGUCAUGUCCUGCAACACGGCUGCGCAAAUCAUUGCCGAGAUGCAAGGCGGCGCGCCGGUCAACAGGCAUGCCGUCAAGACCAGCUUGGGGUGCGCGGACGCAGAGUGUGAGUGCUUCGUCAAGAAUACGUUACUCUUUCAAAUAAUGGAGAAGAAUACGGCAUGA